AUGGACCAGCGACUCGUUGCAGCGUCACCUAGAGUUCUAAUGGACGGAAUUUCUAUAUUCCAUCGUGGAAGAGGUCAAUCUGGAGGGUUCCUAGCAUUCAAACUGCGGACAAUUGGUCUUCACCAUUACAUAAAUCCUAAUAUGAAGUCCGAAAAUGCGGAGCUGUAUCUUAAGAAAUAUCAAGAAAUAGAAGAUUACUCCUUGUCUCAAGUCGAGUAA